UUAUGCAAAUUAAUAAGUAACAAAAAAUUACUUUAGCAAAACGAAACGUCCUGACAAUGACAUUGACAAUGACAUUUUGGUGUAUUUUGACUUUUGCGCUUUUCUGCAACGAACUUACUUUACGCAACUUUCUAGAUUUUUGCAGUGUUCUGAAUAAUUAAUUUUGAAAUAAACCAUUGUUAUUAAUAUAUUUUGUUUGUAUAAAAGUGCUACAAACAGCUAUUUCCUGUGUAAUAAUCGAUUUCAUGUUCGGUUUCUAUGAUAAACUUUGGACUGAAAUAGGUUAGUUACGGGCUUACAGUACACAAGGUAGUUGUUCAGCAUGAAGUUGGAGGGCUUUAUAAACAGCCACCGCGGCUGCCGGCAGCUCAUUUCGAUCCAACCAACAAUGUCGGAGGUUGCUAACGGCGCGACACUCGACGAAUCUUGUUUGCUCGAUAUGGACGCUUGCUAUGAAACCUUCGACAAGGAUGGGGAUGGCAAGCUAAACUACGACGAGUUUCGGCUGAUCUGCAAGGCGUUGUUCCGCAAUGACAAGGGCCACAUCUACCCGCUGCCCGAGGAUCGUGCGCGGCACAUCUUCCAGGUCUUCGAUCGCGAUGGCGACGGCUUCGUGGAUAAGGACGAGUUCGCCUUCUGCUGGAACCACUGGAUCAAGGUGAUAGUCCGUCCAGUCAGCGCGUUCCUGAUCGUGGACGUGCAGAACGACUUCAUCUCGGGCACGCUGAACAUCAGCAAGUGCAACGCGCAGCAGGACGGCAGCGAGGUGGUGGAGCCGAUCAACCGGCUGCUGGAGACGGUGUCGUUUGACUGCGUGUUCUACUCGCUGGACUGGCACCCGCCCGACCACGUCUCCUUCAUAGACAACGUGCAUAUGCGGGAGCUUCACCCGUCCAGCCCGGUGUCAGCAGACAAAGCACAGGCGUACGACACAGUGGUGUUUGCGGGGCCCCCGCCGAUGAAGCAGAGGCUGUGGCCCCGACACUGUGUGCAGGACACGUGGGGAGCCGAGCUGCAUAAGGAUCUCAAGAUAGUGGAAGGCGCGGUGAAGGUGUACAAAGGCACGAAUCCAGAAGUUGAUUCUUACUCGGUCUUCUGGGACAACAAGAAGCUGACAGACACCAGCCUCAUCUCGCAGCUGCGGCUCCGAGGAGCCACCGAUAUCUACAUCUGCGGCCUGGCCUACGACGUCUGUGUGGGAGCGACGAUAGCGGACGCGCUGGCCAUCGGCUACCGCGCGGUGCUGGUGGACGACGCCAGCCGCGGCGUCGACCUCGCCGACAUCGAGCAGACCAAGGCCACCAUCGUCAACCACAACGGCGUCAUCGUCACCACCGACGAGGUGGCAGCGAUGGUGGAAGGUCGCGACAGGCGGCCCGAGCUCGGCUACAAGUUAGCUAUGGAGCUCAAAACCGCCAUGCAGGACGAGCAGCAGUAGAACUACUAACUGUGAGAGUUAUCCGUUUUAUUUGAAAGAUACCGCAACAAGUACACUAUGCUGAAAAUUGUCCAAAUCGAAGCGCUAGCCCUCACACUGAAGUACGGGUGAGGGAAAGAUAAAUUUACCGAGAUGGUGUUCACACUAUUACGUCUUGGUCAAUUUUCCGCAGUGUACUUGCGCCAUAAAAAUGUAGAAUUGUAGAUAGUGCACGUGUCCAUAGGACUUUGGUACCGCGUUAAACUGGAAAAUAGAAAAUGACCUUGCCAGUUCAAGCCGGGUUGACACGUUACGAGACAGCUCGGACCGAGUCACGUCCGAGUACACUCGUACGAGUCAGCGUCAUACGAGUGUACUCCUAUAGUGGUUUACACGUUCAUAGUGUACUCUUAUCAGAGCUCAUUCAAUUUUGCACCAAUUUUGUGUCAACUCUCGGAAAACACUGAUCUGCUCAACAUGGAACAGACUGAUCUGCUGUUGCAAGGUAUCACAGUUGUUGCAGAUAUACUAAUAAAAGAAUUGAACAAUAUAAUGCGCUCAAUAGCGGCAUUUCGGGCAUCUUUGAUUUUAUACUCUUUAAGUCUCACGUUCCACAGCACUUCUUCUUCUUCAUACAGUUCCACGAACCUGACAGUAUCACGUUCCGACCACUUUUUCCUUGACGCCGCCAUUAUUUUUAAUUAAAAAUGUCCGAGCUCAGAUCCGAGUGAUAGAAAAAAUAGAGCACCGUCCUAGUCCGCUCUGUCAUAGUACGUUCGUACGAGUGCGCUCGGAUUACAUGUUUACACGAUACGAGUAGCGUCCGAGUAGUAAUCCGAGUCCACUCGGUCCGAACUGACUCUUAUCGUGUCAACCCGGCUUGAACUGGCAAGGUCAUUUUCUAUUUUCCAGUUUAACGCGGUACCAAAGUCCUAUGGGCACGUGCACUAUCUACAAUUCUACAUUUUUAUGGCGCAAGUACACUGCGGAAAAUUGACCAAGACGUAAUAGUGUGAACACCUUCUCGGUAAAUUUAUCUUUCCCUCACCCGUACUUCAGUGUGAGGGCUAGCGCUUCGAUUUAGACAAUUUUACCGCAUAGUGUACUUGCGCCAUUAUAUUUAGUUUAGGUCAGUUUACCCUGAGAGGGCCAUAUUUUUUUUUUGUUUUUUUGUAAGUCCCUGGGGUCUUCUGACAGUGACUUAUCUGUGGACUCGUGCUUGCAUUAUCUACACGCUAGUGUUGCGGGCACAUCGAUAAAUUCAGGAUGUCGAUAGUGCUAUAAAUACUAUAUUUUUGCCUUUACCAUCGAUAUGCAACAGUACUACAUACUAAGG